AUGAAGUUCACAUUGAUCUUACUCGCCUCAUUCUUUCUUUUGGCGGUCUCUGUUCGUGCCGAAGAAGAACCUACAACUCUUGAAGAAAUUGAUGAUGAAGUCAAAGAUGAAGUUCCAACCGAAGAAGAUGUCGAUAAAGAAAUCGCUAGCUUAGAGAAGGAUGAAUUUCCCCUACGUGAACUCGAAGACGAUGAUGAAAUGUCUGAAGAAGACAAAGCUAGCUGGGGAGGAAGUAGUCGUCGUCGUCGUCGUCGUUGGGCAGGCCGCCGUCGUCGUCGCUGGUCAAGACGCCGUCGUCGCCUUUCUAUUAUCCGUCGUAGUACGUUACGACAACUUCGUCGUCGAUACGUCGUCCGCACCUCCAUCGGUAGUGGAGUAGCUAGACGCCGUCGUCGCCGCUGGUGGGGAAAGAAAAACCAACAUUAG